GUCUGGUUCUGAAAUGCCUUGAUGGUUUGGAUUGGGAGCUGCAAGACACCGAGGAUGCCUUGUCGGUGACUGUGACUUUCACCCACGAGCUUUGGUUGGGCCUUUGCGGGGUUUCUGGCACUGGCACUGCAUUCAAAGAAGCUGUGAGCUUCGAACUUGCUGAGGAAGAGUUGCGGGUGCUACAUGCGGGUUCUGUGGUGCUGGAUCUGCGGCUACCUGCAACAGUUGAUGCCCCAAAUGCUGCAGCCAGCGUCAGCAGCCGCAAGAUGCGGGUGGCAGUGAAGGCCCCAAAGAUAUCCAAAGCCACGUGA